AAAACACUUGUUUCUAAGGAUCGGAAGGCCGCCUGAUUGCCCAACUUCCUGCAACUUCUGUCAAAAAUAUGAUCACGUUUUCGAUCUAAAGAGGAUGAUUAUAGCACCAAACUAAAAAUGAAGCAAGUUUUUAGGAAUAUCGAUAAAUACUAUGCAGGGUCAGUAGAACUGGUCCCUGAGGAACCAGAGGACAUGUGGCAUGCCUACAACUUGGUGGCAGUUGGUGAUACACUGAGAUCUACAACAAUCAGAAAAGUACAAACUGAAUCAGCGACAGGAAGUGUUAGUGUAAACAAAGUGCGGACAACUCUGUGCAUCCAGGUGGAAACUAUAGACUUCGACACACAAGGAUGUGUUCUUAGGGUCAAAGGUCGAAAUAUACAGGAAAAUCAAUACGUCAAGAUGGGAGCCUAUCACACAUUAGAUCUGGAACUGAAUAGAAAAUUUGCACUGGGAAAACAUGAAUGGGACAGUGUAGCACUAGAUAGAAUAGAUAUGGCCUGUGAUCCCACUCAACAUGCUGAUUUAGCCGCUGUGAUAAUGCAGGAAGGAUUAGCUCAUGUUUGUCUCAUUACACCCAAUAUGACAUUGUUACGUGCCAAAAUAGAAACAACUAUACCUCGGAAAAGGAAAGGAAUGUGUGCUCAACAUGACAAGGGUCUUACAAAGUUUUAUGAUCAGAUUAUACAGGCAGUACUUCGGCAUGUUAAUUUUGACAUUGUGAAGUGUGUUCUUAUUGCAAGUCCAGGCUUUGUAAAGGACCAGUUUGCAGAGUAUAUGUUUACAAUGGCAGUGAAGAUGGAUUGGAAAAUACUGACAGAUAAUAAAUCAAAGUUUGUACUGGUACACUCCUCAUCAGGGUUUAAACAUUCCCUGAAGGAAGUAUUACAAGACCCCAGUUUGGCUCCAAAGCUUGCUGAUACCAAAGCGUUGACAGAAGUUAAAGCUUUAGAUGAAUUCUAUCAAAUGCUAAUGAAUGACGCAGACAGAGCGUCUUAUGGAGUGAAACAUGUUGAAAAGGCUGUAGAUUUGCAGGCUGUUGAGAUCCUGUUGAUAUCAGAUGAGUUGUUUAGGGCUCAAGAUGUACAAAAGAGGAAGAGAUAUAUAAAAAUAGUUGAUGGUGUCAAAGAAAAUGGAGGGGAAGUUAGAAUAUUUUCCAGUCUACAUGUGUCUGGGGAACAAUUAGGACAGUUAUCUGGUGUAGCAGCCAUUUUAAGAUUCCCGAUUCAUGAUGACGAUGAUGAUUCAGAAGAGGAAGGAUGAUAAAAGACUUUCAAACAAUAUUGUUAACCUGACCCAUAUCAAGGUUACAUGUGCAAUGUUCAUUUGACCCUUUCAAGGUUACAUGUGCAAUGUUCAUUUGACCCUUUCAAGGUUACAUGUACAAUGUUCAUUUGACCCUUUCAAGGUUACAUGUGCAAUGUUCAUUCAGCCCCUCUUAGGGUUACAAUUGCAAUGUUCAUUUAACUUGCUUCAGGGUUAAAUGUGCAAUGCUGAUUUGACCUUUCUUAGGGUUACAUGCCCAAUGCUCAUUUUCCGGUUUUAGGGUUACAUGUGCAAUGUUAAUUCAGCUUGUGCUGAUGCCGGGGAUGGCCAUGAUCAUGCUUUAUGAUGUGAUUACUGUCCAGGAACGGUCAAGAUGAGAAGAAAUAUUGGUUUUAGGUCAUUGUUAAUUCAUCAGUAUACUUUGAAAACCAAAUUUUGUCCCAGUUGACAGAAUUCUUUUUCUGCUAUCUUCUUCUCUCUCUGCAUAAUCUGUUUUCAUCAUGCUUUUUUUUUUAUCUACAAAUCAUACAUUAGACUCUUCCUACUUGAUGUUAUGUUGUGUAAUUUAAUGGGUGAUCUUAAUAAGAUCAAUUUCUGUAGUGGUACAUAUAUCGAAUAUUUGAAAGUCUUUCAUAGGGCAUGAAAAUGAUAAUUUACAGAUAUCAUUGGUGUAACCAGUAAAAUUAAAACAGCUGGUGAAACCCAUUUUUUUCUUAUACCAGUCCACCAACAAAUAACCAAUUUAAAGCCAGUACUCCAAAGAGAUUUAAGAAUUACAAUAAAUAGAAAUGUGUAUCAUGUCAUAUUCUAUAAAAUAAGGCAUUGGAAGGUUCUCUAUUCAAAUUUGAUAGUUGGUUAUUUUUUAAUGACGAUAGCUUAAACAAUUGAAAUUUUAUUCAGUAAUAGAGAAUGAAAAAUACUGCUUUUAGCUUUUUACUUCCUUGUUAUGUUAUGAUUUGUUAAUAUAGAUAUUUAGUGUUGUAUUUAUUUAUGAAAUACAUGGUUUAAAAGACUGCUUUUGAAAUACAACAUGUGAAGGAUUAAAUGUAAGACUAUGAUGAAAGAACUGUUAUAUAUUGUAUCUGUGAUUGUACUAUGCUGCUGAAAUUUUACUUUGGUUUUGAACAUACAUGUAUUAGGAGUAAUUAUAGUUUGUGAUCUGAUUUACCUUAUAAUUUUGCAUUUGAUUUGGUUUGAUAUAUUUCAAAAUCUCAUGUUUACAUUUUAAGCAAAAUGAUUUUACUAAUUAUAUGUUAUAAAUGUUAGUCCUAUAAAAUCCGUAAAUUUUUAUUUUAAGAAAAAUGACAAAUUACUUGAAAAGAAUUAUCCAUUUUUGCUAAAUUUAUUAUUCUUUGGUGAUUCAAUGUUGCUUUCUGUGAACAAAACAAAUUAAAAUAAUUUGAUUGCUAUUCAAUUUUCAUCAUCUUGAUAUUAGCUAUAACUUUUUUAAUUAGAUGAUCAGUUGAAAUCUCUACUGACACUGCAUUUAACUGUUAAGUUACAUAUGUGCUUACUCACCUCAAGUUAAGUUUUCACACAGAAAACAUUUUGUUCUAUUUAUAUGAAUUUUGGGUUGAACUAUUGAUAAAAAAAUUGAUAGUUUUGAGAAAAUUUUGAACAGAUGUUUUGAAUGAUAAAUUUGAAUCUUCCCAGUGUAUUCAUUGUUAAACUUUAUACCGGUAGUAUUGUUUUGUUUUGUUUUUAAAGUGCUAUUCCACCAUUUAAAUUUUUAUCUGUUGUUUAAUUGUUAUGAAAUAUAAAUGCAAUAUUUCUCCUCUUUCCAAUGUUUAAAUCUUGUAUAUUUUAUUCGUAUAUUGGUCAAUGAAACAAAGGUUGUUAUUACCAUUUAUAUACACAACAAUUUUACUUCACAUGUUCAUGGUAACUAAGCUAUGCAUUGUUUAAAAAUGUAAAACAUUAUUAUACAAGGCUUUAGAUAAAGUGACGUUGCUUUAUGGUCAAUAAGAGUAAAGUCAUUUACCACUUUUCCUGUAUUGAAAGAGUCAAAGUUCAUAGUGGCUGAUUUUUUGAUACUUCUCUAACUUGAGUUCAAAUCAACUAAAUAUUAUGAAAUUUAUACACAAAGCUUAUAAUCACUAAACCCUGAUCAAGUUUGAAUUGUGUUUGAGUCGCAUUAACUGUUUUAGAGUUAUGCCUCUUUCAUUACUUUUGUUACCAUUCUCUAACUUUAGUUUGCAUUAACUAAAUAUUAUGAAAUUUAUACACAAAGCUUAUAAUCACUAAACUCUGAUCAAAUUUGAAUUUUGAUGGAUUCACAUUAACCGUUCUAGAGUUAUGCCUCUUUCAUAAUUUUUGUUACCAUUCUCAAACUUUAGUUUGUCUCCACAAAAUGUAAUACCACUUAUAUGCAAAGCUUAUUACAAUUAACAUACAGUUCAGGUGUGAAUUUUGGAGGUGUCACUUCAACAGUUCUAGAGUGCCCAUUUACAAAUGGUUAUAUUGCUGAAUUUGUAUAUGCCUGUUCACACUAUCCAACUUAAGUUUGCCUCAACUUAAUGUUAUGAAACUUAAAAAGCACAAUACUCAUUACCACCAAACUCAGAUCAAGUACAAAUUUUGGUGGUGUCACUUUUACUGUUCUUCAAUUAUAUCCCUUGAUAACUUUAUAUGAUAUGUAGGCUGGUGCAUCAUCUGUGUCCUUUUGGGCACAUUCAACAUUCAUUCAAACAGGUGAUAUAGUAAUUCACAAUUUUGACAUAAAUUGAUAAUUAUAAAUUUAAAAUCAAAACAUUAGGUCUAACAAGUUGUGUAUGUUUCUGAAUCGAGCAUACAAUUAAUGAAUAUCAGGAUUUUGAGGGUUGAACAUAAAGGAGUUCGUUUUUAUCUGGACUAAAACCCAUGUUAUAGCUCUAAUUCAUUAA